AAUUCAAUCAUUAGUUGAAGAUGUGAACCUGCAACACUUACAGCUAGGAAUUGUAAACACUAAUAAAUUGGUUGGAAGGAUAUAUUUAAUAGUAUAAAAAAUGGAGCUAGUAUUGAUUUAUGAAUAUGUCUGCAUUCACAUUUGAAAGUGUAUAACAAAUAAAAUAAAAUAAAGGAAAGAAGAGAAGAAGUGGUGAAGGUAGCGCAAAUUCUGUGGUGCCAGGCUUGCACUCCAAUUCUUCACAAGGAAAGGAAUCGUUCCCAAAAAGUAAUGGGUUUGCUUCAAAGCCAACCGAUUCUCACUCCAUUACCAUCACAAACAACCACACCCAUAUACUACUAUGUAAUUCAUGUUUCUGUUUCUCACUUGUUCACGUUACUACACUUAUUUAUUCCAUCUUAAGUUGCCACUGCAAGAAAGGAAGAACCUCAUCAUAAGUGAACAUUUUCACCUUUCCUUCUUUUCAUAUUCUAUUUAUAGCAUCUCUUUUUCAUCAUUUCCAUUCAACCAAAACCCAUGAUGCUGCAAGAAGUUAGUACUAUGAUCAAGGGGAAGAGGAGCAAGCGGCCGCGCUCCACCUCCCCACUCAGCGUUAUAAGCGACGUCUCCCCUUCGCACUCCGCGCAUGAUGAGGAGGCGGAGGAAGAUAUGGCUAAUUGUCUAAUCCUAUUAGCCAAAGGGAGAUCAUCACCACCACCGGCCGAGGACGCGUACCAAUGCAAAACGUGUAGCAAGUGUUUCUCAUCCUUCCAAGCUCUGGGAGGCCAUCGCGCCAGCCACAAGAAGCCGUUGAUGGAUGACACCACGAAUCUCUCACUUCAAAUCUCAAGCUGCAGAUCGGCAUCGUCGCCGAGCAAGACUAGGGUUCACGAGUGCUCCAUAUGCGGCGCCGAGUUUGGCUCCGGCCAGGCCUUGGGCGGCCACAUGCGCCGGCAUAGGCCCAUUCCGGCCAAUCAUGGAGUCAAGAAGCAGAGGAAUCUGUUAUCCUUAGAUCUCAAUCUUCCCGCACCGGAAGAUGAUCAACCGGAGUCUAAGUUUCCUUUUGCGACAAAGGAACAAGUCAUAGUCUUCGCUGCUUCGCCAUUGAUUCACUGCCAUUAUUAACUAGAUUAUAGAUUGAUUUAAUUUGUUGUUUCCAUUCUUUUUUUUACUUUCAUUCUACGAAUUUCACAUGAAAAGUGCCAUUAUUCAAUAUUCAUAUGCUCAUAAAUGAAGUUGAUUCCUUUAUAUUUA